UCUUUGAGCCGGCUUGAGUAAAAAAUUUUGUGAUACAUCUCCUUCGCUUCGAGUGCCUUAAACAACGACGGCUCUGCAUUAUUAAUCAGGUUCAAUAUAAUCCGGGGGUCAGUUAACGCCAAGCGUAAAGGGGACACUAUUUAAUCGUAGUGCAAAGAUACAAAGGGUUCUCAGUCGUAAUUUGACUCUCGCAUGGAUUCAAUAGCAUGUUUUAUUGUUAUCGUCUUGAGGGAUGCACAAUAAAAUAUAGUUCGGUAAAACAGCGAAGGGGAAGGAAACGUAGAUUUGUGCCACCAAAGCAAUUGGAUCCUUUUCCAAGUGGAACAACUUGUUGAACUAAAUACGUGAACAUUUUAUUUGUGCCACGCAUACGCGUAACCUUGUCCACUUUCGCUUGAUUAAAGAUUGGACAGGAGGCUGUGGAGAUUCCCUUACUCAUCGUUGACCAAGUCCAACGCAGUGAUUCAUUGUUGCAUAUUCAACAAUAGCAGACUGUCAAACGCGUUGCUGGUUCUUCGCGUCGAUAAAAAAUUUUGUUCCGUUCCAACUCUUAACAUCGGAAAUUAGUGCAGUUGGAAACUUUUGUGAGGCUGGAGUUGGUCCAGUGAUUUAAAUAUAGUGAAAAAUAUCAAAUUCUAAGUCUAUUGUAGUCAGCUAGGAGGAUGGCAAAAGUGAACUUUGGUAACAUUUUUCGAAACCAGGAGGAUAUGGAAUCCCCUGAGAUUGCUAAACUCACAGCACCGAUACCAAGUUGGGUUAAUGGUAGCUAUAUACGGAUAGGCCCUGCACUAUGGGAUAUCGGAGAAAUAACAGUAAAUCAUUUUCUAGACGGUUAUUCGAUGUUCACCAAAUUCGACAUCAGGGAUGGAAAGGUGCUAUACCAGAAGAAAUUUUUACAAUCCGAAGCUUAUAGAAAAGCAAUUGCAGCAAAAAAGCCAGUAUUCGCAGAAUUCGCAACACCAUCCCACAUCUCGAAAGGAUUUUUUUCACAAGUGGUCAACGCAUUUAGCUCGAAAGGGAUCACGGAUAACGAUAGCCUGAACCUUUUCUCUGUGGAAGGAGAACUCUUUGCAGCCUCAGAGUCUUGCCAUAUUCAUAAUUUUAAAAAGAACAAUUUGGAGACUGGAGACAGAUUUGACUUUUACAAACUCUUUGGGGUUCACAUGGCUUGUUCACACCCACAACGUGACGCCAUUGGGGAUCUCUAUAAUAUUGCAACUAGUUUUACCACUGGCUGUAAAUACCAAAUUAUCAAAGUCCCAAAUGUAGGCACAGGAAAUGCUAAAGAUGCUCUAAAGAAAACGACAAAUUUUGCUACAAUCUACCCGUCUUGGAAUACAUGCUUCAGUUAUUAUCACAGCUUUGCUAUGACUGAAAAUUACAUUGUGAUGAUAGAACAACCACUUUUAAUCAAUUUUGUCAAACUGGCGGAUGUAAAACUUAAGGCCAAAGCAAUAGUUGAUAUUCUAGAGUGGAGCCCGAGUGAAAAGAACCGAUUUCAUAUUGUUGACAAGAGGACUGGUGAAGUCUUCAAAACCAAAAUUUACUCUGCCAUCCCAUUCUUCUUUUUCCAUUUAGCCAACUCUUAUGAAGAUGAUGGCCACAUCGUCAUUGAUGUUGACGCUUAUCCUGACUCCUCCAUUUUUGAUACCAUGAUGAUGGGAAGACUACGAAAGAGGGAGCUGGAUGGGGCGGACGUCUGCAGAUUGACCAGAUUUGUUAUCCCAAUUAUAAAAAAUGUUAAGGAUGUCGACAAAGGAGAAUAUUUGAGCACUCUUACCUACACGAGUGCAAACGCGAUCCGUGAAGGCGACCAUAUUGUGUUAUCACGUGAGGAAAUUGGAGCACCGGGAUUUGAGGGUCCUAACGUCAGCCCCAUAAAACAUUUUAAGAAGCACAGAUACGUUUAUGGAAGUGGUACUUGUUGCAACGGAUUCUACGCAAAUGCCCUUUGUCGAGUUGACACCGAGACAAAGGAAACAAUUCUUUGGAGGGAAGAACCAUAUUUUUUUCUGGGUGAGCCAGAAUUCCUCCCCUCGCCAAAUGCCACCGAGGAUGACGAAGGGAUCAUUCUCUCGGCAGUGUCCGACGGUCGGGACAAUGGAAAAGACUUUCUUUUAUUCAUCGACGCAAAAACUAUGACUGAGGUUAGUCGAGCUGUUUUCGACAACCAAAUACCGCAAUGUGUCCACGGACAAUUCCUACCCGACAAGAAAAUGAGAAACUGCUUCCCAUCCCAUUAUGUUACAUUCUGAUGGACUUUUACUUCUUCUUCCCGAACUUUUUAAGUCGGUUUUUAUUAAAUUAUCACCAAGGCGGUGAACAAUUAUUGUAGUUAUGGAGAGAAGUAUACCAGGUGCUGACAGGUGACAUUAUUUUUUCGAAAAAUUGAACUUUUUAAGAGUUUGGGAAACUCAGAUUUUUGAGUGGUUGCGAUGCGUUGGCAGGUCACUGGAAAUGGUAACAAAUAUGAAAUCCUGAGAGGAAAUAUUUUGAAAAUAUCUCCAAAAUAUCAGUUUUUAGGCCUUUUAAGAUGGCCUUAUAGAUUUACCCAGAUGUCUGUCUGUCCGUCCGUCUGUGCGCACGAUAACUCUCUUUAAACCAAAG